AGUACCGCCGGCAAACAGGCUACCUCGAGCGUCUCUCUAUUUAGUGGCCAGCGAGCUUGCGACGAUUUGCCACUAAACAGAGAGACGUUCGAGGCUCUGGAACUAUGGUACUUAUCAAUUUCGUACCCGCCGCAAAACAGUGAAACUCCGUUCCGGACAGGUGUUCUGACUUGCGUGACUCGUGACAUUUUGCGCGGUUAUUUGCAUAAUGUUGUUUUGGAGGAUCGAGGAUCGAUCGCUCGAGGGUGAAAUGUUACCGUCUGGCAAAGAAUUGCCUUUGUAAACGGUGAAAUCUCACAAAAACUAUACCCAGACAAAGAUAAAGUUAAAGAAAUCUCUUAUUGGGGCUUAGUAGAAGAUGGCAGCCAACUAUAGCAACGAGACGAUCGAAAUUUAUUGGGAAUUCGAGAAUGCUAUCUCUUUGUUCUCCAUUGUUUUUCUGAGUCUUACAGCGCUAGGCACGGUCCUUCUCAAUGGUUUCGCUCUUUUCUCCAUCUACAAAGACCCGCUUAACUGCUUUCGUACCACUCUAUCGACGUUUAUGACCGGAAUUCUGGUGUCGAACUUCCUAACUGGUUUGAUUGUUGAGCCCGUUUUCGCUUUCCUUUAUGGCUACUGGUACAUCUACGAUGAAGACCAAGUAGUCUACUACAUGAAGUUAAUCCGCAUUUCGCAAAUAAUCUCCAGGGUCACUAUCAAUACUUCGUUCAUGACAGUCCUAAUGCUGGCCCUGGCCCAGUUGAUUGGACUCAAAUGGUCGUCUGCCUAUGUAAAGUACUUCACGCCAAGGCUCGCCUCUGUUAUUCUUGUGGGCAUCUGGGUGUAUGCUAUAUUUUUCGCGCUUAUUCCAGAGAUCGUUCAUAUGGACUCUCGCCAUUCCUACGAGAACUACUUCCGCGUGGACUUGAUCAUGCAUACAUCAAUGAUCACCGUCUCUCUCGUUGUCAUUUACAUCGCCACAUAUUUCGUGUUUCAGAAAGCAAUUCUUCGGUACGAGGCCUCGUUGGAAGCCGAACAGGGCACAAGUGAACAAGAAAACCAUAACACCCCUAAAGCAGAAGUUGAGAGGGAGUUUGUCAAAGGCACCUUUAUCGUUAUAAUCGUCUUGAUUGUCACUAUCUGGCCGGUCACCAUCAUGCUCUACAUUUGGUCGUACCAAAGACAAAACAUCACCGACAAGGUCUUCAUCGAAGAGCUGAUAGCGUUUGUGGUGUGUGAAGAUUUCAUGUUUCUCAAGUUUCUUCUGGAUCCGCUGAUUUUCGUGUGGCGUUUGCCAAAGUACCGCAAGGCUCUGGGAAUGGUGUUUAGGAGUUUGAAGAUGAAGUGCGGAUGCGCGAGGGCAAGUCUUCCUCAAGCUGAGUACCACCAGGCGAAUGCAUCGGAUGCCGACAUGCAUUUUGCCGACGAAGAGUUCAUGGUCGAGACUGACUCUAUCACUAAUCCUGCUCUGGAGUUCGAGACUGAUUCCGUGAACGCAUGAACGUUUGAAAGGUAUGAACAGUAUGAACAGAAGGCCGCUAAUUUAAAAUCCAAUGCUUAAAUGAUAUCUAGUGAAGGAAGAUAAUUACAGUAGUUAACAAGAGCUUAAACACGGGUUUAAAAUAAAAUCUUGUGACAAAAGGAGGUGCACGGUUCUAUUAAUCCCUCCUUGUUUGCAAGUAACUAGGAGAAAGGGGGAGGGGUGGGGGUGAAGGCACAUAUAUGCUUGCCCUAUAUCCAAGGUGUAGUUAGGGAAGGGUCAUUAUUUAACAGGGGGGAGGGUUGCUAUUUUUUAAACAUCAGUUUGGGAGAGGUAUUCUGAUCAAUUUCCAGACCUCCUACAAAAUAUAAAAAUUAAUGUGAUGCACCUUCUGCUUGCAUUCCCAUGACUUUCGUUUGGCAUGCGUUGAAAAUUAUUAUCCCCUAAAGUGUGGCCUCCACAGUUUUCAUCUUUUGCCACUUUAUUUGGUUUUAUCAACUUCCAUCAAUUAAUUUACAAAUUUCGAUUCAUUUCAAAGUCCCCCCUUGCUAACUUUUCAGAUUGGUGGUAUUGGUGGUGGAUACUGUUAUUUAGGUUUUGACAAUAAUUAGCAUUUCAUAUAUUUGAAAAUGGCAAUAUUUUCAUGGGGGUAUUGACUCCAGACCCCCUAUUCAAUAUUAUUAUUCACACACAUGAAAAAUAGGCUCAAAAUAAUUUUUUCCAAGCUUGGUGGUGUUUAAGGCCAGCUCCACCCACCCUUAUGGGUAUGUCUUAGUCAUUGCCCCCCCCCUCCCCCCCCCCACACACACAAUAAUUUUAGUUCUUUUUUGUUUUGUUCUGGGGGAGGGCCUUAAUUUUUGGUCGCCUUUUGAGGGGAGGGUCACUAUUUUGGGCUUUAGACUGGGGAGGGUUGCAAUUUUUGAACCAGAAAAAAUUAAACUUAGCAGCCCAUCCCGUGAUAAAAAAUGACCUUUCCCUUAGUUCUAUAGCAGGUAAUAUGGCUAAAGACAUUUUGUGCCUAAAAGUGGAUUUGGCUGAAUGCCUAGACAUGCUAGGUACAGUAUAAACCUCCGGAUGGUAAACUGCUAUAGAAGCAAAUGAACUAUUCAAUGCCGUUACGCCUAUGGGGGCCCUUGAGACCUCCCCCCCCACCUGCCCCUCCAGUAUUUUGGUCUGUAGUGGCCCUGCUCAUAUGCUCAGGUCUGGGGCGAACUCAAGUUACCCAAUGGGUACCAGAGGUUUCAAAUCAACAUAAGCCAGUUGUAUAUACCUUAUUACACUUAAUUUUCACGUCACUUUAAUGAUUUUAUAAGAUUCACGAAAAUUAAGUAACG